GGCACUCUGCUACUGCUUACGGGGAAACAAGGCUGCUUCUAUCGUCUGCCGGACUGUCCACAGCCUAUCUUUGUAGAGUCUCUCACCUCUAAAGACCACGGAAAAGAGGCUGCUUCUCUCGUCUGUCGAACUGUCCACAGCGGAGCUUUGUAGCGUCUCUCACCUCUAAAGAACACGCACUCUGAUACUGUGAACGGGGAAAAGAGGCGUUUUCUAUCGUCUGUCGGACUGUCCACAGCGGACUUUUGUAGCGUCUCUCACCUGUAAAGACAACGCACUCUGAUACGGUGCACGGGGAAGAGAGGCUGCUUCUAUCGUCUGUCGAACUGUCCACACCGGAUCUUUGUAGCGUCUGUCACCUCUAGAGAACACGAGGGAAGAAGGCUGCUUCUAUCGUCUGUCGGUCUGUAUACAUCGCAUCUUUGUAGCUUCUCAAAUCUCUACAAGAAAGAAUUUAUCUGCCAACAAUCAAUCAAUACACAGAAAUGCACCAAUUUUGGGCAGCCACUUGAAUAAUACAGUGUAAUUACCAAACUGCAAGUAUCCGUACAAUACAAUCACUCAUUUGAUAUAUUUUAUGCGCCGAGAACUAUUUGCAAGAAAAUUACCUGCGAAAACGCUGGAAAAUGCAUUUGUCUUGUAAAGAACGAUCUUCAUAGCAACAUUGGUCUGCACUGCUGAGAAGUGCUCCUUUAGGUUUUGUAUUCUUCAUCUGAAGUAUCUGCACUGCGAUUUUAAGUGGCUGGCAUACGCAGCCUAGAAGAGAAGGUUCAGCUAUCAUAUCAGAAAAUAACCGGUUAAACGAGAGUGAAAGAUGUUCCAGACCCUGUAUGAUGACCUCCCACCCAUGUCAACGGAAGUACUCGCUCUCCGUAAAAAAUUUUGGGAUGCCGAAGGAUAUCAUUUAAUCUUGAACUCUCCGAAGAACUUAGCUGAUGUCUGGAAGAAGGGUCCUUUAAGACCAUUUGCUGGUCUUUGCGUCGCUUUUCUGGUACUUAUUCGAGAAGACCACCAAAUGUUCUGCCCGCAGAUUGGAACAAGGCCUAAAUGCUACCAGGUUGGAUACGCACCUCAAAAAAAAAACCACGCCUUUGGGCUUAUUUCCAUUGCCAAUACAGGCGGCACAAGCUGGGUCGGCUAUAAGGAUCCGGAUCACGAUGGUUUUCCAGCCGGAUACUACUACUCUUGUUUCUACUUCAUUAACCAGAACACGCUACACGGGUUUAUUAAUAACAUCCACCUGCCAUCUGACAAUGCAAAUCCGUACGAAGUGAACAAGGCUUCAGAGGACAUACUUUUCGGCCAGGGUGGAUAUCACGAAGCAGAGAACCUGGAAAUCCACUGGGUGGUCUGGAGCAGCGUCGACAAUAAAAGUUCGAACCCCAGCCUGUUGGACAAGUUGUUUGCACCGGAUGACCAUGGCGAGUACGACUACGAGGCGGCAACCCUCUUUCACGGAACAAAUGGAUGCGUGAUUACAAUAGUUACGAAGUUCCAACAGAACACUCACGCAGGCAAGAGAGCCUCUGCAUCCUAUAAAUGCAUCCAUUUUGGUCUAGGUAAACCAGGCCAUCAGUAUUACAAACGUGCGAACUUCCCAGAAUGCAACGACACGUCGGCCGUUUACACUUUUCGGCUGAAUAUUAUGGAGACAAAUGUAGUCAUAUUUUGGAAAUCAAUAAUGAGAGAAGUGGAAACUUCGCCAUUCUCAAAAGGCACUUCGACAGAAGGCGUUUACUUUAUGAUGAAUAAUGUGAAGCCCAUACGUGUUUACGUAGAAACCAUGGGUGACAUUUUGGACUGGCCCCAGAAUCCAUGACUUUGGUGCAACGAGCUUCACGAGCGCAACUUUCAUAAACAACUGCUUAAACGUCUGUUAUCCCAGAUACUCUGCCUCAUUAGUAAUAAAACGUAAUUUCAUAUCCUCAUUGCGCUGCAGGGACCAAA